GCAACAGGGAACGCCACGGGAGGAGGGCCCAAACCUUCCGGAGUGAGAUUGAGCGGCCGGGUUUGUUUAUUUGGGCACAGGUUAGACCUUUAGAUACAUUCGGCAUUCGUGUGCUUCGGGGCUACACAGCGGGGUAAUAAUGGCGUCCGAGUCGGUAAAGGUAGUGGUCCGAUGUCGACCCAUGAACGAAAGGGAGAGGGCUCUGAACUGCAAAGCGGCGGUGACUAUGGAGAGCGCCCGAUGCCAGUGCUUCAUCCAGAAGCCGGGAGCCACGAAUGAGCCACCCAAACAGUUCACAUUCGACGGGACCUACUACACUAAUCAGACCACGGAACAGAUGUACAACGAGAUCGCGUAUCUGCUGGUGGAGGGUGUAACGGAAGGCUACAAUGGGACGAUUUUUGCAUACGGACAGACGGGCAGCGGGAAAUCCUUUACCAUGCAGGGGAUCACGGACCCCCCUGCCCAGAGGGGAGUCAUCCCCCGAGCCUUCGAGCACAUCUUUGAGAGCAUUCAGUGUGCAGAGAAUACAAAGUUCCUUGUGAGAGCCUCAUACCUUGAAAUCUACAAUGAGGAAAUCCGAGACCUUCUCGGGAACGACACUAAACAGAAGCUGGAGCUGAAGGAGCACCCGGAGCGGGGGGUGUACGUGAAGGAGCUGUCCCUGCACACAGUGCACAGUGUGGUGGAGUGCGAGCGCAUCAUGGAGCAGGGCUGGAAGAACCGCUCUGUGGGAUACACCCUGAUGAACAAGGACUCGUCUCGCUCCCACUCCAUCUUCACCAUCCACCUGGAGAUCUCCACCGUCGACCAGUCCGGUGAGGGCCACCUCCGGGCAGGAAAGCUGAACCUGGUGGACCUGGCUGGCAGUGAGCGGCAGUCCAAGACAGGAGCCACAGGGGAGCGUCUGAGAGAGGCCACUAAGAUCAACCUGUCCCUGUCUGCCCUGGGCAACGUCAUCUCAGCGCUGGUGGACGGGCGCUCCCGACACAUCCCCUACAGAGACUCCAAACUCACCCGGAUGCUGCAGGACUCGCUGGGGGGCAACACUCGCACCCUGAUGGUGGCCUGCCUGUCACCCGCCGACAACAACUAUGAAGAGAGCCUGAGCACCCUGCGCUACGCCAACCGAGCCAAGAGCAUCCAGAACCGGCCCCGGAUCAACGAGGACCCCAAAGACGCCCUGCUGCGAGAGUACCAGGAGGAGAUCAAGCAGCUCCGCGCCCUGCUGACCGGGCAGAUCGGGGACACCAGCCUCUCCACCCUGCUGGCCAGCAAGCUCUCGGGAGCGCCCCCUGCAGUGCAGCCCAAGCCUCCACCCAGCCCAGGUGUGGAUAUUGAGGCAGAGAAAGCGAAGAUACGGCAGGAGUACGAGGAGAAACUGGCACGGGUGCAGGCAGACUAUACCGCUGAGAAGCAGUGCAAAGUGAAGUUGCAGGAGGACAUCACCGCUCUACAGAGCACCUUUGAGAGCAAGCUGGCCAGGCUGGAGGAGAAACGCACUCAACGCACUGCGGCUGCCCCUGUGACUGCGGAAGGGAGCUCUGAAGAAGACCUGCCCCGCCCAGGCACUGCUGUCCCCCUGGAGGUCACAGCAGCAGAGCAGUCUUUAGCAAAGCCGCAGUCAAACCAGCCCCAGAUAGCCAAGCACAUUGGCAGUGUGCAGAGAGAGAGUGUGGAGGAAGCGGGGGCGGCGACAAAGAAAGAAGAGGAGGAGGAGGGGGAGGGGGCCACAUCACCAGCCCCCCUGGACCCCAAGCAGGUCCUGGAAAGGCUGCAGCAGCUGGAGCAGGAGGUAGUGGGCGGGGAGCAGGCCCGCAACGAGAAGCUCCGGGAGCGGCACAAGCAGAGACAGAGCCUGGCGGACCAGCGCAAGAAGCAGCUGGUGGAGGCGCUGGCAGCGACCAGCGAGGAGAGCGACAGCAUGCUGCUCAACGUCUACGACUCCAUCCAGGAAGAGGUGCACGCCAAGAGCAAACUGCUGGAGGACAUGCACACGAAGUUGAGGGCUGCAGAGAUUGAGAUUGCAGACCUGCAGUCAGAGUUUGAGUUUGAGAGAAUCGAUUACCUGGCUACAAUCCGGAGGCUGGAGCGGGAGGGCCAGCUAACACAGCAGAUCCUGGAGCGUGUGCAGCCGCUCGUCCGUCGAGACUGUAACUACAGCAACGUGGACCGCGUCCAACGCGAGGCCGUCUGGGAUGAGGACAGCGCCACCUGGAGGCUCCCAGAGGCAGUGGUGCUAAAAACAUCCCUGCCUGCAGCGGUUCCAACUCCAGCUCAGGGCAGUCUGGGAAAGCAGUCAGGACGCAGAAACUCUUCGGCAGAGAACGGAGAAUUCCUGCUGGAAGAAGAUCGCUACAAGCAGCUGUUGAACCGCAGAGACAGUGAGAGCAUUGCCAGCAACUAUUUCAGAUCCAAGAGAGCCUCCCAGAUCCUUAACUCUGACCCCAUGAAGAGCCUGGCUGUCCACCCUGUCCCCCUCGGUAACGGGACGUCCCACCUCAGCCCCGGUGCCAUCUCUCCCACACAGAGCCUGGAUGUGCCCCAGCCUCGCCCCUACCGCCUGGAGUCCCUGGAGCUGCUUCCGGCUGCUACCAAGACCAAGCGCAAGAAAAGCAAAACCAACCCUAACUUCGAUGGGCCCUGAACCACCGUGGGGACUCUAACCAGCCAAACGAAACAGGCCAAGAAAAAUCAACAGAAAAUUACACCAGAGCUCAUUCUCCACCAAACACUGGAUGCUUUUUAAAUGGCAAAUUUUACCAUGUGCAAUCCGGCUGAGUUUUAUACAGCUGCAUGAUUGCGUCUCUGCUGUAAUUCAUGCAUGUUUGACAAGAACCAGUUGUUUUCAGAAAUUCAAUCCUCGCAAUUCCAAAGAACAAACUGCUACUAUAGAAGGAGGUGACACAUCUGCAUGGCUAUCGGCUGAACUGUUAAACUGCUGCUUAAUGAGCCUUGGAAAGACUACCUAUGGGUAAAGCAGGAACUGUUUGUCAGAUCUCUGCAAGACCAACAUUUAAAACAAAAUAAAAUAAAAUCAAUGCUUUAGUUUACAGAAAACUUUCCAAGUUGAAGAGAAGUAAAGAUUUCAGUUUUUGUUAUAUUAAAAUCCCAACUUGGAUAUUACUGCUUAUGUCUGGUGGAUCUCCACGUCUUAAUUCCACACUGACACACUAGAGCCUGAAAAACAUGGCAUGGACAACACAAGAUUCUGUUGCUUUGCAGCAUCUACUUUGCAGCUGUAACAAUUUUCCUUGGCAAAUAAAACACACACACGACACUUUUUAAUGUUUGUAGUAAAGAGUUAUAGAUCUUAAAAUGUAUUUAUUAAAUGAAAUGAUAUUCUAGCAUGA